AUGGAUACUGAAGUAAUUGAUCCAAAGGCCGAUUCCACUAAUUUGAGCAAUGUGAUAUCCGGUUCAGACCAAAUGUGCAGCACUGAACUUCUUGGCACUUCCAUUCAAGAUGUUAGAAAUAAAAAGAAAGCCCUGACCUUAACAAUCCAAUCAGUAUGGAGGCUUAUGCAACAAGUGGAAUGUGAAGAAAAAGCUGCAGAAAAAGCAAAAGAUGAAGCUGAUUUUCUUCUAAAGAUGGAUGCACUUAACCAGGAGCUUCUAGAAGCAGAAGAAACAAAAAACAUGCUUCUUAGAAAAGUGCACGGAGAAAAAGAUGGUUUAGCUAUUACAAUGGAAUCGCUUUACAGACGUGUUGGCCAUAAGUUGGAUGUUGGAGAUAAAUCUCUUGAUGAUCUUAAUGAGAUGCGUAAUGCCCUUCAAACUUGUUUGACAACCGCUAUAAGCAAUAAAGAGUAUGCAAACAAAAAAAAGCAAGAAAAGGAAGCAGCACUUGUUUGCAAAGAAAUCCAUAUAAAAAAGGCGGUUGAUGAAAUUAAUAGAAUCAAACAAGAAGCAUUGGAGAAUUCGAAGAUGCAGGAGCUUCUUAAUCACCAUGAUCAUGUAACCAGUGUGUUAAAUGGGGAGAUAUCUGAUUUAUAUGAAAGUGUGAAGAUGCUCAAGCUCUCUAGAGACUUCUGGUCGGUGGAAAAUUUUCAAGUCGUUACGAAGAAGAUGUGA